AUGAAUUUCAUCAAUCAUCUAAGAAAGAAGCAAGAUAUACCAUUAAUCACUAUAUUUACAGCAGAAUGGUGCCCACAUUGUAAAAGGCUAUCACCAGUCUUUCAAAAAAUAGCAGACAAAUACAAAGAUGAUCAGAGAAUCACAUUUUCAGCUAUUGAUUGCGCAAAUGAGGAAGAUUUAUGCUCAAAAACCGAUAUUUCUUCUUAUCCAACUUUUAUCUUGGGUAUUCAUAACAUUACUAUUGCAUUACCAUAUCUCAAUACAAAGGAUCGCAUGAAUGAAGCAAUUAAACGUAUUUUUGCCUUUAAUUCCUACAAUUUUAGCAAAAAACCAACUACAUUUCCAAAUUAUGAAUUUACAUUAUCACAGAAUGAUAAGAAUUCAAGAGAUAUAGUCGAUGCAGUUAUUUUAGCAUCCGAAGUUGAUUUUGAACAAAUUUCAAUAAAUGAGAAACAAACACAAUAUACAAUCGAGCCAAAAGUUACUGCAAACGUUGACAAAGGCCUCACAGUUGAAAAUACCGAUCAAUUUACUCCUUUCUUUGUAAAACAUUUUAUUGAACAAAAUUCAUUGAAGAUUUUCGAUUAUUGGACAUUCAAAUCAAUCCAAACACUUGACAAAAGAGUUGCCAUCUUACUUACUAGCGAUCCAAGAGAUUACGAAAAAUAUCGUCCAUUUGCUCACAAAUAUUACAACAAAUUCGUGUUCUUGAACAGUGCUGGAGUCAGACACACCGAAAUACCUCAAAAGUACUGGAAUAUUUCAGCAUCAGACCUUCCAGCUUUUAUCAUCAUGGACAGCAAAGCUACUUAUUAUUCUGCACUCAGAAGAAUCAAUAAUACAAAGAAGAUGGCCCAUUAUGAAGGAUUACUCGAUAGAGAUGUUUUGGUGAAGAAUUACUUCAAGAUUGACCAAAGAGAGUUCAACAAACGCCCUAUAUCAAUCAUUAAAAUCAACAUUAUACUUAUUCUUGUUGCAAUAGUUGCGGCUAUCUUAAUUAUUGAAAUUUACGGAAGAUGUGACAAUUCAGAGCCCAAAAAGCAUCAACAUAAAGAAUAA